CACUUGGAUGGACGCAGUUUUAAGUACGUAGUAGGCGUCUGUGAAUUGAGUCGCGCGCCUGCGUGAGCGGAAGUGGGUCCGUCCUCAUAUCCUGCUCGACUGCACCAAACAUCUGACCUUAUGAGCUCUCCUGACAGCUACAGCAGCUAACACAUGAUUGUGAGUCCGUUCAGGAUGCCUGGAUCACUUCCUGCUGUUUGUGAGGCCGCGUGGCCCAAGGAUGUGGGCAUCAUCGCCCUGGAGGUGUACUUCCCCUCUCAGUACGUGGAGCAGGCGGAGCUGGAGGAGUUCGAUGGGGUCUCAGCCGGUAAAUACACGGUGGGGCUGGGUCAGGCGCGCAUGGGCUUCUGCUCGGACCGUGAGGACAUCAGCUCUCUGUGUCUGACCGUGGUGCAGCGGCUGAUGGAGCGCAGCGGCCUGUCCUACGACAGCGUGGGCCGGCUGGAGGUGGGCACAGAGACCAUCAUCGACAAGUCCAAGUCCUCCAAGACUGUCCUGAUGCAGCUGUUCCAGGAGUCGGGCAACACUGACGUGGAGGGAGUGGACACCACCAACGCCUGCUACGGAGGAACCGCUGCGCUCUUCAACGCCGUCAACUGGGUGGAGUCCAGCUCCUGGGACGGCCGGUACGCUCUGGUGGUGGCGGGGGACAUUGCUGUGUACGCCUCGGGCAGUGCCAGGCCGACGGGGGGAGCUGGAGCCGUGGCCAUGCUGGUGGGACCCAACGCCCCUCUGGCCUUCGAGAGAGGGCUUCGUGGGACACAUAUGCAGCAUGCGUAUGACUUCUAUAAGCCAGAUAUGGUGUCAGAGUAUCCCGUGGUGGACGGCAAGCUCUCCAUCCAGUGUUACCUCAGCGCUUUAGACCGCUGCUACUCCGUCUACAGGAACAAGAUCCACGGCCAGUGGCAGAGAGAGGGUCUUGACAAGCGUUGCAGUCUGGAAGACUUCGGCUUCAUGGUGUUUCACUCUCCUUACUGUAAACUGGUGCAGAAGUCUCUGGCUCGACUGAUGCUCAACGACUUCCUGUGUCACCCCAGUCCAGACACCGAGAGCGGGCCCUUCAGCGGACUGGACGCUUUCAGAGAUGUGAAGAUCGAGGACACUUAUUUCGACAGAGAUGUGGAGAAGGCCUUUCUGAAGGCCAGCUCAGAAGCGUUCGAGAACAAGACCAAGGCGUCUCUCCUGAUCUCGAACCAGAAUGGUAACAUGUACACCCCGUCGGUGUACGGCUGCUUGGCUUCGGUCCUCGCUCAACACACACCGCAGCAGCUGGCAGGACAGAGAAUCGGUGUGUUCUCCUACGGCUCCGGCUUUGCUGCUACGCUCUACUCCAUCAAAGUCACACAAGACGCUACACCGGGAUCUGCUCUGGAUAAGCUGGUCUCCAGUCUGUGUGACUUACAGGACAGACUGGACUCCAGGAAGAAGGUUUCACCUCAUCUUUUUGCUCAGAACAUGAAGCUCAGAGAAGAAACCCAUCAUUUAGCAAACUACACCCCUCAAGGCCCGGUGGAGGACCUCUUCCCGGGAACAUGGUACCUGACUCGUGUGGACGAGAAGCAUCGCAGACAGUACUCCAGACGCUCGAUGAGCGCUGAGCGACCGCUGGAGGCCGGACUCAUCACUUCCUGCAUCACAGCCGAGCAUAUCCCCAGUCCGCUGAAGAAGAUGCCCCGCAUCCCCGCCGCCACAGCUGGCCCUGAGGCGCUCGUCAUCAGUAACGGGGACCAUUAGGUUUACCUCCGUGAGGUGCACACCAUGGUCUGGAAAACCCCCACGCAGGACUUCUGCAGCCGGAUCACUUCUCAUUGAGUCUGUGAAACUCUUUUUAAUGUCCAGGACAGACUCCGCUCGACCGUCACUGUGCUGAAGAUGGCAGAGGUCUCUCACAAACUGCUGCUCAGUCGUCUAUGCAGAAAUCCUGAAUGCUUUCAUUCGUUCAAGUCCAAAAUAUCUACCUGUUGGCAUUCCACAAGCUCCACGCUGUCUUUUUUUAACCAUCAAACCAACCCCCUCAUUUAAAACAGACGUUUAGGAGAAAACAUGGAUGUCUUGACGAUCCAAACGCUGUCUCUGUCCUCGUCAGCGGACGUCUCUGUCUCUAGUCAGUCUCCUCAUCAUGGCCAUGUCAAGAAAAUGUGCCUGGAUCACAUAUUAAUGAGCCAUAAUUCAAGCAUUACAUUCUCCUGUGUAGUAAUAACUGUUCAGUCGCUGCUAAACCGGCUUCUGUCAGCAUUUAUGUCUUUUGAAACAAGAAUCAUUUAUCUGAUUUUCAUGCUAGCCAAAGUAGAUGUUCAUUUCUAUGAACACAGACGAUUGUACAGAGGAUAAAAACAAUGUGAUGAUAAUUUAGUAACAAUGGGUUAAAGCUAUGAAAUAGUAUAAUAAUCAGUUAAACUGGUAACAUCUUUUGGACAAAAGAGUGUGUUGGUGAUGAGAGUGAGCACGAGCACUAUCUGUUCGUCAGCUGGCCACCUACAAAUAAAAACUGUCAUCAUUUACUCAGCCUUGUUUCACUCCAAACCUGUACACUCUCAGAGGAAAAAGGUACAAAAGCUGUCGCUAGGGCUGUACAUUUGCAAGAGAUAGACCCAGGGUCCAUAUUGGUACCAUAAAGGUAUAUAUAGUACGAAUAAGGGCAUAAUAUAAGAACCCAAAGUGUACAUAUCAUACUUAAAAAGUUUAAUAAAUAAAUUACUAUUAUAUGGAAAGCUUUUGUACCUUUUUUCCUGAGUAUGUGACUGACUAUCUUCUGAGCAGUAAUAAAAGACAAUAUUUAGAAAAAUGUUGGUUAACUGAGCAGUCCUGGUUCCCAUUGACUUUCAAUGAAUGGACAAAAAAAGAAAAAUAAUAAAUGGGGAUUGAAACUGUUUGGUUAUUUUUAAUAUCAUCGUUCAUGAUACACAGAAGUCAGUUCUGCAGGUUUGAACAUGAGUGUGUAAGUGAUGUCAGACUUUUCAUUCUUGGGUGAACUGUGCCUUUAACUCACCCUUUAUCAACUAUUUGUAGAUCACAACUAACUCUAAUAUUCAUCGAUCUGUUGAGAAAUUGCUGAAUCGUUUUUAUUGUCAAAUGUUUGGCCUGUGAUUGUUCCUAACUACAGAGCACUUCUCCGAAAUGAUGCAACUUAUUUAGAGAUUUAUUGAUUUCAGAUGUAUAAUGGGAGAGAAGCAAUAUUAGUAAUACAACGGUAUUGUAAAUGUUAGCACCUUAACACCUUGAUGCUAAAUGGUUUAUGUCAGAUAUACUAGGCUAAAAGCCCCCCCCCCCCCAAAAAAAAGAUAUCUUCAGAAUUAAAUAAUUGUUGAUUGCAUAAACACUGAUAGCAAGAUGGUAUUACCUUUCAGAACACCCUUCAAUCCGUGGGUCCAUGUUAUCAUCUGAAUAACAAGAGCACUGCUUGUCCAUCCACUUUGAGAAGCCUUAUUCUGGCCAUGCACAGAACACAAAUAUUUUCUGAAAACUUUAUGGAGAGAUUUUUCUUUUUCAUUCUGCUGCCAACACAUGUUGACUGUAUAGAGUUGUAACUUGAAGCAGCCAAUGUUUACAUCUCCCUCGGAUCAGUUCAUACCAACAAUUGGUAAGUAAUGUACAGCACUAACUUAUAUUUGUAGAGGGACAACAUCUAUUUGUGAUCAGGUGUAACUUGCAGAAAACAAGCUGUAUGUGGGAAUCUGACGAUAUAUGAACUGAUGAUUAAAUGUUGAUUUGCUGA